ACUUUUAAUAUUUUCGUUUUUCCUUAUGAGAACUUUUUGUGAAUUAACAUUUGACAAUUUGAAUGAGAAGCUAGUGAUGAGUUUAAUAAGAGCAAAACCAAGGACGAAUAUAGUGGCUUCAGAGGUUUUGGUGCGGAUGCCGCUUUGUAAGCUGGCGAGUGUUGCAAAAGGUGACGCCAAAGUGGAACUGAUGACUGCUCUAGGAUAUAAGGAUAAUGCCUCUUUAAUUGGCUACUAUGCAGGGCUCAAAAGAGCAAUAAAAACAAUGUUGAUAACAGAUUUGACCCUUGCGCAUCGAAUCUUCGUGAACUAUACUACUGAAAUAGAUCCAAAGUUUAUUACAUACUCAAUUGAAAAUUAUGGAAUAAAAGUUGACAAAAUUGGAUUUAAUUUUCCAAAGGCAGCCAUUUCACAUAUUAAUAACUUGAUUAGCUCCAUUACGUACAGACGGAUAAAAAAUAUAGUAGACGAAUCAGAUAUAAACAAACAAACACAAAUGAUUAUAAUCACCGCUGCUCAUUUCAAGGGCACGUGGGAAUUUCCGUUUGAUUUGCGUCUAACAAAACUCACGAAGUUCCAACGUAUCGAUGGAAAGGUUAUAAGGAUACCAAUGAUGAGCAAAAAUUACCAGUUUCAACAUGUGGAAAACAGUGACUGUCAGGCCGUCUCAAUGCAUUUUGGAAGUUGGAGGGCAUCAUUCACAAUUAUUUUACCAAACAGUCAACAACAGUUACCACAGCUACUGGAUAAAAUUUAUAACGAGAAAGCUUACGUACACAACCUUGUGAAGAGUAUGAAGGGUCGGUUUGUCAAAGUGACUUUCCCAAGGUUUAAGAUCAAGACGUUUGUUGACUGGACCGGGUUUGUAAAAGAGUUGGGACUCAAUUCUAUUUUCAAUUCGACUUCCUCUGGUCUGGACGGAAUUUUUAAAAAUUCUUCAAAGUCCAUAGCAUUGAAUAAAAUUAAACAAAAAGUUUUUAUUCAAAUUGAUGAAGUCGGUGUCGCCAGAUUUGCGCGUUUAGAUUUUGCGGGACCAGAGGAACCGUCACAGGGGCCGAUGCCAAAUUUUGUAGCUUUGCCCCAAUUUACUGCAGACAGACCAUUCUACUUUGACAUUUCCCUGGACUUCGAGACUGCCCGAUAUCAAAUGUUCACUGGUGUUUAUUACGGCCCUGAAGAAACCCCUACUAAUGUUAAUGAAUUUCAUUUCUAA